GCUGUUGGCACAAUUUUUCAAAACAAUUGCACCACUACUGAGGGUCCGAUGCAUUCCAAAUGGGGCCAAAUCCUUCAACCCACGUGUUUACCCUUAAUGACAGCUGCUCCUGUACAAUUACCGCAAAUUUCGUUUUUCCAGCAAUUUCUCUCAAUUCCCCAAGCCCCGCACUCCCUUCAUCUUAUCCUAACCAUCAAACUCAUCGCCCUACCGACGUUAACCCUAGCAACAAUGCGGUUUCUCAAGAGAUUGUCAGGCAUUCACGUCCACCUCGUUCCCAUAGAAACCCUUUUCAGACCCCAAGACAGGGGCAAACUGAAACCAUCCCUUGGGCUACUAUUCAACGUGCCAUGGAAAAUAGCCUUGACUAUAUUUUAUCUCGUAACAUGACUGUGAUCAGUGGUGAAGUUCAAUGCAAAAAAUGCGAGAAGGUUUAUAACAUUGAAUAUGAUUUAGAACAAAAGUUCAGGGAGAUUGCAGCUUUUAUAUCAGAAAACAGGUCUGCUAUGCAUGAUCGAGCGGAGUCUAUGGAUGAAUCCAAACCUUCCUAGUUGCGAAUUUUGUGGUAGUUCUGUGAAGCCUGUUCUCUCAAACAAAAGAUCAAUAAAUUGGUUGUUUUUGCUGUUGGGAAA